AUGGCUGCUGGUGGCAUGGAAACGAAGCAUGGGUGGAGGCGGCGACGCAGUUGGCUGAUAACGGUUUCCUCAGUGUUCCUUCUACUCGGCUUCUCCAGUCCUCCAGAUGAACAUACUGCACGGACUGCACGUGCCUUCAUCGGCACCGGUGGCGCAGAGCAUCGGUUGUCCACCGAAUCCCGCAUCCGGCGAUCACAGCGAUCCGCAGGAUCCCCGCAGCGCGUUUCUGUGCUGGAACGAGAGGACGUUUCUGAAGACCUUGAAGGUGCAGCAGAGUUGCGCCAGGCCCUAGCAGAUUUGGAGCCGAAGCUGGCCGCGGCUACUGCGAAAUUGAAGCGAGCUACAGCGUUCAAGCUUCCGGAGGCAGAUUCCCUGAGAACCGAGGUGCAAUCACUUCAGCUCGAAGCGAGCCAGCUCGCAGAUCAGCUCGCAAAGAUUUCCAGUGCAGUGGCCGCGGAAGGCGGGAGCGAGCCAGAAGAGCCGGCGAAGAAGGAAGUGGAGUCCAAAGAGUCCACCGAGGGCGGAGGCGCCAAAGAAAAACUUUCGGAACGACUCAGUUGGGAGAAGCUCGAGGCGAUGUCAAAUGAAGAGCGGUUUGCACUAACGCAGGAAGUUGGUCCAGCGUUUGGACUCUCAGUAGCAAUUGUGGCCUUGUGCUACUGGUCUAUCACCCUCCCGAUACUCCUGAACGCCUACCAUGACAGCACCGGCGAAUGGCCUCGAAUCGAGGAGAUCUUCUCACUAUCUGAUGGUGGGAGGGCAGCAGGGGCUGUUGCAGGCAUUUUGGGUUUGGCCGCUCUGCUGAAGCCCCUGCGGAUCGCCGCCGCCAUCGCGCUCACCCCAUGGACGGCUGACAAUGUCUUGCCUCUCGUUCCCUGGCUUUCACAAUCUGACAAGAAAGAGGACGGAGCUGGGAAGCAGUGA